UUGCGUGGCACAAGUUACUUCGACCGGCGAUUCUGUCUCGUGCAAUGGCUUUCCUACCGGACAAGCUUUAUAACCUAGAUUAAAGAUAAAAAAAAUUGUUAAUACUUCAACUUUUUGGGAACCUUUGGUCUUCAGUAGGAUACUUUACUGGAGUCCCAGGAACACCUGAAAUCUCAGGACUUGGUGGUUAAACUGCUGGCAUUGUGAAGAGAAGAGAAGAGAAGAGAAGAGAAGAGAAGAGAAGAGAAGAGAAGAGAAGAGAAGAGAAGAGAAGAGAAGAGAAGAGAAGAGAAGAGAAGAACAGACUCUGCUCAUUUUUAAGUAAUUCAUUUUGAAGGAAAAGCAUCAAAAGAGAAGUGUAUUUUACUGGGCAAAGGCUUUUCUCGGUGAGGAAGGCGACAGCAGCUCUGGGUAGAGGCUCCCAGAGGAGGAGGAGGAGGAGGAGAAGAAGAAGGAGUGCAUGGCUGGAUGAGACGCGGAGAGUCCGGUCCGGCCUCAGCUCUUCAUGGAGGAUUACAGCCGCAAAUAAGCAUGGACGUGGUCGAUGAAACAGAGGCUUUACAGAGGUUCUUUGAAGGUCACGAUAUUAACAGCUCUUUGGAGCCAUCAAACAUCGACACCAGUAUCCUGGAGGAAUACAUCAGCAAAGAGGACGACAGCACAGAUAUCUGUUUUACUGAAGUCCACAGCGGCCCAGGGCCUAACUACUCCUCCCCCCAGGCCGGAGCGUCCUCCUCUGGGGGGGUGGUGUGUGGCGUUAGCCCCUCUAUCUCUCAGCGGCAGGGCAGUACCCAGUCUGUACCCACUCCGUGCCAGAACCCCUAUCCCCCUCCACCUCCACUUGGUCUUCUCAGACAACACAGCCAUCCCUGCCAGAGCCACCACCAUCACCAGCAGGUCCCACAGCCCCACAUCAAACCUGAACACUGCGCUCACUACGCAGCCGGAACAUUACCUGAGUCUCCUCCAGACUCCAGCUCCGAGCCCUACUCACCUCAGCAAGUGAAUGACUCACACAUGCUUCGAACCAUGACGCCUGAGAAUAUGUGUCACAUGACCACUCCACCACCCCUGCCACCCCAUAGCCACUAUGCCAACAUACAUCGGGACAUGUACCUGAAACCAGAGCCCAUGAUUUCUCAGUACCCGAUUGGUCCAGCAGGCAGCGUAGGUGGGGAUCUGCAACAGGGUCAGAUGCUCCAUCAGCUGCUACAGCAUCCUCAAGGACAAGAUGGUAUACCUGUUCACCAAGCAAAGAAGAGAAAGCACUCAGAUUCUCCUAACAGCACUCUGAAUGCUCAGAUACUGAGCGGCAUUAUCAAGCAGGAACCAGGUUUGAUGCAAGAUGCUGAGAACUCAUAUUUGGACCCAAACUACCAGUGCAUAAAAUGGCAGCCACACCAACAGAACAAAUGGACUUCGUUAUGUGAUGCCAGUGGAAAAGAACUCCCGAUGCCCACGUACAGAGUGGAUGCUGACAAAGGCUUUAAUUUUUCUUUGUCUGAUGAUGCAUUCGUGUGUCAAAAAAAGAACCACUUCCAGGUCACUGUGUACAUUGGCAUGUUGGGAGAUCCCAAAUAUGUGAAGACCAGUGAAGGGCUGCAACCAAUUGAAUGCUUCUACCUAAAACUUAACGGAGUCAAGUUAGAAGCCAUGAACCAGACCAUCAAUGUGGAACAGUCUCAGUCUGACCGCAGCAAGAGGCCAUUUAAACCUGUACUAGUUACUUUGCCCCCGGAACAAGUAACCAAGGUAACAGUGGGUCGACUGCAUUUCAGUGAGACUACAGCAAACAAUAUGAGAAAGAAGGGCAAGCCAAACCCUGACCAGAGGUACUUCAUGCUGGUGGUGGCUCUCCAGGCUCAAUCCCACAGUCAGAGCCAUACCGUGGCAGCUCAGGUGUCUGAGAGGAUCAUCGUCAGGGUAACCUCUGCAUCUAAUCCAGGUCAGUUUGAGAGUGACAGUGAGGUGCUGUGGCAGAGAGGUCAGAUGCCUGAUUCAGUGUACCACCAUGGCCGAGUGGGCAUCAACACCGAUCGACCUGAUGAGGCUCUGGUUGUCCAUGGCAACCUGAAGGUCAUGGGUUCCCUGGUCCAUCCAUCUGACAUCCGUGCCAAAGAGAAUGUGAAAGAGGUGGACACCACAGACAACCUGAAGCGAAUCUCUCAGAUGCGGCUUGUGCAUUACCAGUAUAAGCCUGAGUUUGCCACCACUGUGGGCAUUGAAAACACUUCAGAGACCGGAGUCAUAGCCCAGGAGGUCCAGCAGAUACUUCCAGAAGCUGUGAAAGACGGUGGAGAUGUGGUUUGUUCCAAUGGAGAGACCAUCCCUAAUUUACUUGUAGUCAACAAGGAUCGCAUUUUUAUGGAGAAUGUGGGAGCAGUGAAAGAGUUGUGUAAACUGACAGAUAAUCUGGAAACUCGAAUCAAUGAGCUUGAACGGUGGAGCCGCAAACUUGCUAAACUACGACGCCUUGACAGCAUGAAGAGUACUGUCAGUGGGGGUACAAUUAGCCUGACAGGAAGUUACUUUAGCAGAACAGGAAGUGGUCCACUUAAGAAGAAAUCAACCAAAACAGCAAAUAAGAAUGCAGUUCCAGAGCAAGGCUGUUUGAGUCACAAGUUCAUGCAGGGCAGCAUACUGGCCUUAAUCAUCAUCAUGGCCUUCAGUGUUAUCUCCAUGUCUGUACUAUAUGUGCUAAACAUGCAUCAGCACAGCAACAUGGCGGAGACGGAUAGUUCUGUGUGCUCCUGUGUUUUCUCCAUCUCCUGGAUGCACUUCUUCACUGCCACUGUCACUUUCUGUCCAUCCAUCUGUUUAUGGACUCGCUCUGCUCUGGGCUCAUCUAGCAGAGCGGUUUUUUCACCCUCCAUCUCUACAAUCGCUUCAGACAUAUACUCCACCUCUCCAGCUCUGCCUAAUCGUCUUAUAUGCUGCCCUCCAACAAGCGCCAUGAACAACCAAUCAGCUGCGGGCAGCCUGCAGCCGAGCACCAACCGAUCCAUGUCAGACUAUAGUAGUCCUGCUCCCACCAUGGCCAGUAUAAACAGGAAAGCAAAGUCUCGUGGAUUGGAUAAAGACAGUAGGAGUAGAAACAGGCUGAGCCACACUUCAUCCCCUCUCUCUUUUAGCAAGUCCAAGAAAAUGCCUCUACCCUCAGACAUGGACACGGGAGGCAACAGUAACCGCCUGCCUGGGCCACGCAGGCAACGCAGCACACACACUCAGGGUGGACAUUUCCUGCCUUCCCUAAAUGAACUUUAUAUUAUUGAAACUAAUCAGGAAUUGAAGACACUGAGCUGUGCCUCAUCACACAGUUGCAGCUACACUUUAUUUCUGCACAGGAGUCAAAAUUCAUCUAUGAAUCACGUCACUCUACAUAUGAGGUUCUCUGAAAUGGUGUGGGUGUGGCAGUGUGCUGUCACUAGAGGGCGUCUUUGCCCAAACCACACGGAGACUGACUUUUCUGCAAGCAAGAGUUCCUUCACAAAGGCGAUCAGUCACUUGUGGUCCAUUCCAUUGGCAUCAGUCCAAGAUGCCACCUAUCAUUUCCGGGUGUCAAUCUAUGGUGAGACGGGCUGCUCCUGGACAGAAAAACAGACGAUGCAGGACACCGUUCCAUUCAUCGAUUACUAUUUUCUCAUCCAAAGAAGAUGCACUUAAAGGGGAGUGUCUAUAAUACCAAAUAUUGGUUUUCUCCCAUACACACUUUCAACCAUUUUCAUUACUGCUUCUUUUCAUUUGCAGUGUUGUAGCAUGGGAAAAGAAGAAUGUGAUAGAAACUCUAUUGUCAACACAAAUAUGACCAUUACCUCAAAGAAAAAUCUGACUCCAUGACAGGAAUACCCCUGUCCCAUUGAUUACUGACACUGCAAACACUAAUAUAUAUAUUUAAAAAGAUACUAUAGCAUUCCUUGUCCCAUGGGUACAUCUGCUGAUACCUUCACCAGAAAAUGUUGUAGGUUGCAAAAUUAAAGACCAUUACUGACCCUUAUGCAUAAGAUCUUCCCAGUUAUGAGAUAAAGACUAGAUGUACAAAAGAUGUGUAAAGAUGUAUAAAAAUGUGUAAAAAAGUGUACCCCAUUGAAACCUUUACCCCAUUUAAUAACUUCUUUUCCUUGAGUGCAGAUCAUUGUAUAAUACACUGAUGAUUUGCACUGCUCUCUUAUACAAGUGUAACACCAUCUAAUGUUGAAGAAAGUGACACACAAUGGACAAACUACCUGGAUGACUGGACCCUUAUUUCAAUGAUUUUUCUAAUCAUGAUUUAACUCUGUUUUGGCAAUACCUAGUUUCUCAAAAGACAUAUUUUUUUUGUGUGUGUAAAAAAUGCAUCAGUAUCAUAUCCUGAAGAAGUCAGUCUCUGACAUUUAGUAAUGAAGAAUAAUAACGGUGACCAAUUAAUACAGCAUAAUUAGUCAGCUGCUAUUAUUAUUAUUAUUAUUAUUAUUAUUAUUAUUAUUAUUAUUUUAUGGUAGGUCUAAGCCACUGAAGCCAUGCUCUUUAAGUAUAGAAUGAAUCACUGGACCUUGAAGGAAAUCACUGGAUUUAAUAAAUUUAUCCAAAAAAAAAAAUGUUAAAAAAACUGGAACAGAUUUUGCAUAAACACUGGAACAAACCCAUUCAAUGUCUACUGACUCAGAAACACUGGAUUAUACUGGUAUAUGGUUGAAUUCUUUGUUAAAAGAAUAGAACGUAUUGCCUUCAUUUUCUAAAAAUGUAAGUAUUGUAAGUAUUAUUCAUUUCUUAAGAUUUCUUAUACAUUUCUAAAUUGGUUUGUAGAUGUAACCACCUUUUUUCUCACUUCUUUUUUUAUAUCAUUUUACCAUUUUUUAAUCAACAGUUUCAUUUCUAAAAAAAAAAAACAACAAAAAAAAAAAAACGGCAUUUAGAACAAAGACCUUUCCUUUAAUUAAGCACUAUUUCCAUCUAGACUUUUGUUCCUGUUUUUUUUUUUCUUGCUCUACGUGCAUUAAUAAAUGUGUUCUACAGAUUCUCAAGAUAUGUAUGCAAUACUUUUAAGCAAUAAACUAAGCCAUAGUAGUCUGUCAUGGGAUAAGCAUGAAAUAAGUCUUGAAAUAAAUGAUGCCUAUUGGAUGACCACAAUGAAACGACACUAUGAAUAUGUGAUGACAAAUGUAUUUUUCUAAUCCUGAAUAUUUACUUAACUAACAGAAUGUCUGAAAUGUAAUCACUAUUGAUCAUUUUCAAAUGCAUAUUAUAAAUAUGCGAUAAAUAAAAUAGGCAGCUUCAGACUAUGCACUGUGCAUUAUAUUAUUAUUCUAAUGUCUUCAUGUACACUCGACUGCUUCUAAUGUUCUAGUGAGAAUGCAGUGUGAUCGUUUUAGUAACAGAGUUGUGUAGUAAUCAACAUUCAUUACUGUCCAUUGUCCCACGUACGUUUUGUCUUUUUACCCAUCAUUUAAUGUUGUAAUAAUAUGUAACUCAAAUUCAAUAUAUUAAAUAUAAUGACACUGGAUUUGUGUGUCUAUAGUAAAUAUAAAAAAAAAAUGUAUUGUUCUUUCUGGUUUUAAAGCCCAGUGUGCACUAAAGUGUAACCAAAACUGCUUGUUGGAGCACUUCCUGCGUUCUUAUGAUGAAAGUGUACUGACUCAAUGUAAUGAAUGCAUGAAAAUAUGAUUAAAUGUUUCUGAAAUUGUU